UGCUCAAUCGAAUCUCUUAGUCGGCGUCAUUUCUCACAAGCUAGUGACGUUUGGAGUUGGGCUGUGACUUUAUGGGAGAUUUGGACUGGUGGUGCCCAGCCUUGGCCUGAUAUCUCCUCUUCUAAAGCCCUUCUAGAGGCUUUGCAGGCAGGCCGCCGCCUUGCUUGGCCGAGACUGGCCUGUCCUCGGAACCUCUAUCAUCUUAUGCUCGCAUGUUGGGCCGAAGAUGCUAAGUCUAGACCAACGUUCGCCUAUCUUAAGGAUCGUCUAGACACGAUUCGCCCUGUUGAUGUGAUAGCAAAGCAAAAUCUUGACGAAGCAGAUCGUCUCGGUAUUGAGGCAGGCGAUUGUAUCAUAGUUCUCGAUGGCCGACCGGAAAACUUUUGGUGGCGUGGUCAAAAUAGGAGGACCGGAGAAGUUGGUUCAUUCCCACGUGGACUAGUUGAUCUUGGGCGCAAUCUUUCAGGUCAUGACAUUAGCGCACCUUUGCCUGAAAGCUUUAGCCAUACUGGGCACCUGGAUACGCAUGGUUUGAGCUGGGGCAAACCGGAUAUUUUAGAUCCGUAA